GCCGUGGCCUUCACUCUGUGGCCACUGGUGACCACACCUCCCCUAGCGCAGAGGCUGCUGCCGGCGGCGGCGGGAAAUGCUCUUCCAGCACAGCCUGCUCUGGGAGACCCUGGUGUGACCGCCAGGAUGGAGCUGGGCCCAGCAACCCAGACCUUUGUGUUGGAGCUUCGAUGUCUUGAGGAUGGGGGUCCAGGGCCUGACACCCUCUCAGGUGGCAGUGGUGGGAAUGAAAGCCAGGAGGAAGAAGAGGUUCAGGAGGGGAGCAGCCAUCCACGGCAGCCAGUGCUUGCAGCCUCAUGCGGGGCCUAUUACUAUAUUGAGCCAGAGCAGGAGGAACCGCAGGACUUGCGAGUGCACCGAGUUAAGCAGCAGCCAGAGCAGGAACGUCAGCCCGAGCACAGGCAGUUGCAAGAGCGGCAACCGCAGCAUCAGCUGUUAGGAUCCCAGCCAGAAUCACAGCAGCAGCAAGAUGGACAACAGCAGCUGUCUCCGCCCCAGCAAGAGCGGCAGGAAAACCGGCCCAUGCAGCACCAGCAGCCAAAACCACAGCUGCAGGUGGUGCAGCUGCCGAGACUUGGACAAGAGCAACAUCUGUUGCUGCAGCAGCACCAGACUAUGCAGCUUCCACACCAAGCACAACAGCUGUUUCAACAGCAGCAGGAACAGCUGCAACUGCAGCAAAUUCAACAGCAGUAUCUUGUGCAGCAGCAAGUAUAUGAACCUGUACCGCAGCAGCAAGUGCUGCUACUGCAGCAGCUGGUACAGCAGCAGCAAGUGCAAGAACAGUCACAGCACCCACAGCUUCUCCAACAAGAGCAACUGUUACAACAGCAGAGACAGUUGCUGCUGCCGCAUGUGCAAGAUCAAGUAUUGCAGUUACAGCAAGUGCAAGAGCAAAAGCUGUUGCAACAGCAACAGGAGCAGUUUCAGCAGCAGCUGCUCCAACAGCAGCAACUGCUGCAGCAGCAGGGACAAUUGCAACAGCAACACUUGCAGCAGCAGGUAUUGGUGCUGCAGCCACAGGGACAGCUACAGCAGCAGUUAUUGCUGCAGCAGCAACAGGCACAGUUGCAGCAGCAGCUGUUGCAGCAGCAACAGGCACAAUUGCAACACCAACUAUUACUGCAGCAGCAGGAACAGUUGCAGCAGCAGCAGUUGUUGCAACAGCAGCAGGAACAGCUGCAGCAGCACCAGCAGCUGCAGCCUCUUCCAUCAGAGGACGAGGAAGUGGAACUGGAGCUCAUGCCGGUGGACGUGGGGUCUGAGCAGGAACUAGAGAGGCAGCAAGAGCUGGAGAGGCUGCGGGAACAGCGACAGUUGCAGCUAAAAAUGCAGGAGCAGCUACGUCAGCUGGAGCAGCACCUGGAGCAGCAGCAGCAGCUGGAGCAGCUGCAGCAGCAGCAGCUGGAGCAACAGGAGGUACACCUGGAGCUGACCCCUGUGGAACUAGGCUCCCAGCAGCAGGAGCUGCAGCUGGAGCUGACCUCUGUGCAGCCAGAGCUGCAACUGGAGCUGGUGCCAGCUCCGGGAGGUGCAGCAUCGGCUCCAGCCACCGUCGUGGUGGCCCCUCCAGGUUACGUGGUGCUACAAGAGCUCAUGGUGCUGCCCGCUGUGGCCACAUCCACUGUGGUGGCCAUCCCGGGCCCCGCAGGGAGUGCGGCUCUGACUCCCGCCAGACAGCGAAGGAAGCGGCGAGCCCGGGACAGGCCGACCAUCUGCGGCGAGUGUGGCAAGGGUUUCAGCCGCAGCACAGACCUGGUGCGACACCAAGCCACGCACACUGGGGAGAGGCCGUAUCUCUGCAGCGAGUGUGGAAAGAGCUUCUCACAACAUUCCAACCUGGUGACCCAUCAGCGCAUCCACACGGGCGAGAAGCCCUACGCCUGCACCUACUGCUCCAAGCGCUUCAGCGAGAGCUCGGCGCUUGUGCAGCAUCAGCGCACCCACACCGGAGAGCGGCCCUACGUCUGCGGUGAUUGCGGCAAGCGCUUCAGCGUCUCCUCCAACCUGCUGCGCCACCGCCGCACCCACUCGGGAGAGCUGCCCUACGUGUGCGAGGACUGUGGCGAGCGCUUCCGGCACAAGGUGCAGAUCCGCAGGCACGAGCGCCAGCUGCAUGGGGCAGGACGCUCUCGAGGCCUGGGACUCCUUCGGUCCUCCAGGCCCGGGCCUUCUACAAGGGCCCAGCUUCAGAACUCUGCAUCCGGGAAGCACUAAGAGGUGUUAGCGCCAUCCACACACACCUCAACCCUAGGUCCUGGUUUUAACUCCAGUUUGAGGUCUUUCUGGGUAUCAUGAAUUAUCCUUAGGAAAGGAAGACUUCCAUCUUUUCCCAGGCCGCCCCACCUCCACCCCCCAAGCACCAAGUUUACAGAUUUCUCCUCCCACCCAAACCAUCUCCAGGUGUGUGAAAGAGACUACCCAGCUUUGUCCUUGCCUGGGAAAAUAGGACUGAGAACUAGCUUGGUAGCAAACAACUCGUGAGGUUUGAUAUAACCAAACACUAACCAGCAAAUGAAAUGUUUAGUACGUGUGUGUGAGAACUGGGAAAGGAAUGGAUCAUUCUGAAUACUUCAGGAGAAUCUGGAAAGGGGGGAGCAGAGGAUGGAACUCAGGCUACUGUAAAAAAAAAAAAAAAAAAAGCCCUGGGUGCCAUACAAACCCUGUGUGUGGACCCAUGUAGUCCCAGCACUUGGGAGGUGGAGACAGGAGGCUGAGGUUCCAGGUCAUUGUCAGGCACAUAGUGAGUUGGCGGAUAGCCUGGGUUACCUGAGGCCCUGCCUCCAACAAAGCAAAACAAAACAAAACAAAUAAACAAACAAAAACUGGUCUUCAGGUUGUCACAAUGCAGUGAACUUGGUCAAGGCAGCGAAUGAUCAUGACAUAAAUCUUGAAAAUAUU